AUGAAGCCCACUAUACUUUCUUUCGGCGCACUCGCGUCAGGCGUUGUUGCUUUCCCUACCGUCUUAGAUCAGUUACAAAGAUCUUCAGCGAAUGAGAAAAGACUAUUAGGGAUUACUCCAGGCUUCAAUGCCGCUGCACAGUAUGUCUCAACGACAGGGGCUCAUACGUUUGUUCCUCCAGAUUUCGAUGCUGGCGAUGUUAGAGGCCCUUGUCCUGGAUUAAAUGCCAUGGCAAAUCAUGGCUAUUUGCCUCAUAAUGGUGUUGGUGGUCAUUUGGAUUUCAUCCAAGGCACACUUGACGUAUUUGGCAUGGCCGCAGACAUGUCUGCUUUCCUUACCGUUGUGGGCGGCACGCUUGACGGUGACGGUCUAUCCUGGUCAAUCGGAGGACCUGUACCCAGCGCCCUCUCUCUAGGAGGACUUCUCGGAGAGCCACAAGGUAUCAGUGGAUCCCACAAUAAAUACGAAUCCGACGCAUCUCCCACAAGGGGUGACUUGUACCUCAAUGGAGACGACUACAAGCUCCAAAUGGACCAGUGGGAAGACCUCUAUGCUCGAGGCCAGGCCAAUGGUGAUAGCUAUACUCUAGAUGUGUUGAAUGAAUUCCGAUCGGCCCGAUGGGACUAUUCUCUAAACAACAACCCGUACUUCUUCAACGGCCCUUUCACGGGUGUCCUUGUCGCCCCGGCCGCUUAUGAAUUCAUCUACCGAUUCAUGGGCAACAAGUCCGCGGAAAACCCAGAAGGCUACCUCAACGGAGAUGUCCUGAUGUCCUUCUUUUCCAUGACCAAGAAUGACGACGGCUCCUUCACACAUACCCCAGGCAACGAGCGCAUCCCGGACAACUGGUACAAGCGCGCUAUCGGUGACGAAUACAGCAUCCCACUUCUAGCCCUGGAUACUGUUGCUGCAGCUCUCGAAUACCCCAAGUUCCUCUCCGUGGGCGGGAACACCGGAACGGUCAACUCGUUCGUGGGGGUUCUGCCGGAAGAUAUCACGGAGGGGGUCUUCAACGCGGCGACACUGACGCAGGGGAAUAACCUCGCUUGCUUCAGUAUGCAGUUCCUGGCCCAAGCUGCGCCGGAUUUGAUCAAGGGCUCGGGCGUCAUCUCUGAUAUUCUUGGCGCCGUGACCCGCUUGACUGGAGCUGUUUCGACAGCUAUUUCGGGACUGUCUUGUCCUCAGUUGACACAGAUUGACGAGAGUCAAUUUGAUCAGUUUCCGGGGUACUCGGAAAUGAAGCCUGAUGGAACUUAUUAA